AUGUCGACGCGAACUCGACGUCAUUCCUUUAUAUCGCCCGAAGAAAAACACUUUUCUUCAAAAGGCAUAUCUUAUAACAUGCAUCCAACCAAAGUUAAAACCACUGCAGAUGCUGCCGCUGUGCUGGCUGCUUCACUCGCACCUCUUGCACCACACCUGAACUACGAUAAAAAAUCACACCAUCAACAUUCUCAUAAAUAUACAUCAGAUGAAAAAUCUCCAAAAUCCCCCAAAAGAACAUUAAAGCGUAGUAUUAGUUUUAACCAUUCUAAUCGUCCAGUUUCACCCCGUCCAAUGAACAUUGACGUCGCUGAAGUAUUAGCUACUACUGUUUCUUUUCUCCGUGAAAAUAAUAGAAAACUCGAUUGGGUUUCGGAUGAAUUUAGAAAUGAUGGAUUUAGUAGUGAUAAUGACUCUUACCUUAGCGAUGACAGUAUUGAUUCCUGUAGUAACCCCGACUCCUAUAAUUCUGAAUCCAAUAAAGAACUUGUAAGUGAUCUUAAAAGUCUAAGUUUCGAAUUGGAAUCAGUUAAACGAAGAUAUAGGGAACAAAUUAAUGGUAAAGAUCAAUUGAUCGAAGGAUUUAAACAUACCCUGAAACAAUUUGAAAUAGACAAUAAAAGGAAGGAUGAACAAAUCGAAGAACAAUUGAGGAGAAUCGAAAAGGAUAAAAGAAAACGAGACCAACUAGAGAUGCAACUUGAUGCUUCAAGGAGUGCUAUAGCUGAACUUGCUGAACAACGACAACAAUUGCUCGCCUCCAUAGAUGUUGAUCAAGUCAAAACUCUUGAACGUGAACUUGAAAAUAAGAAUAAAACAAUUAAUGAUCUUAACGAUCAAAUCGCUAGAAACACAAGGGAUUUAGAUGAGAAAGAAAAGUUACUUAAUGAACAACUUCAAAAUUAUCGAACACUUGAGGUUCAAUUGAAAGAUAAUCAAAAUCAACUCGAUAUUUUAUCGAAAAAAGAAUUAGAUGUUACCGAAAAGGAUUCUCUUAUCGAAUCUCUUAAUAUACGUUUAGACACUUCUCAAAAGGUUAUUGCCGAAUUGAGAGAAAAGCACGCUCCACAUGAUCUUUUAAGGCAGCUCCGACAAAAAGAUUACAUAAUCGAUAAUCUUACCCAACAAGUUGAGAGCGUUGACGCAGAUAUGAAAGAUAGAGAUGAUGAGAUCGAAGCGUUGACCAUUUCAUUAGAAACUCAAAAGAAAAAAUCAGAGAAAUUAAAGGAACAAAACUCUCAGAUAGAACCAUUAAAAAAAAGUGUCGAAGAAUCCGAAGAACUUAUUCUUGACAUUCAACAACAACUUUCCCAAAAAGAAAGAACUCUUGCUGACUUAGAAAGAAGAUAUAAAGAAGCUUCACGUAACUCUUUAGAUGGUAUGGAUAGACUUAGAGCUCAAGAUCAAACUAUUUCUAACCUUCGCCGCGAUAUAUUGCAACUUAGGCAAGCAUUAACUGCGCAAGCUGCUGAAGUUCGUGAAAAAGACAGACUUCUAUCUUCUCUGAGAGAUGAAACCGUUCAUGUACGUUCCAACUAUCAGGGUCUCAUCAACGCCCUUAAUGAGAAAGACCAGAGAAUUACUCAAUUUGAGCAACUUUUAGAGAAUCUCAAAAAAGAAAAAACCGAAGUUAAAAUCGAAUCACCAGAAAAAGAAUUAAAGACUGGUAGUAAGAGUGAAGUUCGAUUAAACGCUUUACAAAAGGUCUUAAACAAUAAAAUUGAAACUUGCAAAGAUUAUGAAAAAAAGAUUUUAAACUUUGAAAAAGAGAUUGAAGGUUUAAAAAAGAUGAUCGAUGAAUCAACUACCUCUAAUUCUGAAAAAGAAAAUAAAAUGACUAGACUUGUUAAAAUGAACCGUCAACUCAAAGAUGAAAUUACAGAAAUAAAACAAAAAAUGGAGGCGAAAGAACAAGAGUUAAUUACUAUAAAAUCCCGUAUUCCCAUGCCUACUUCUUCAAAAUCUCCAGCAUCUUCAGUAAGAUCCCUAACCAAAACUCCUAAAUCCCGAGUUUCUUCCAUGUAUAGCGUAAGUGGUGGUGAGAGCAGCAGUGAUGAAACGGCGAAUGGAUCUCGUAUACGUAGAAAUCCCAGUUUAAGUGGAUUGAGUUCAGCUUCAAACACCUCAACCAGAAGACUUUCAGAUAGUACCCGUCCCAUCUUAACAAGAACAAGAUCUUCAGCUUCUACCACUUCAUCUUCUUCGUCAAUUCAAAGUGCACGAAGAAGUAACCUUUCAACACUUUCUAAAACAAGAACUUCUCCUUCUCAAAGCACUGUAGAUGUCCUUAAAAAGAAGCGUGAUUCUACCAUUACCCCUAAAAAAGAACCGAGUCCUAUUAAUCGUUCCGCUGUCAACCAAAGAAAACGUGACAUGGUAGUUUUAAAUACUAUGUUAAGUGGUGUCUCUCCCGAUAGAAAAAACAAAACAUCAACACUUUCAACCCAAAAUAAGGUUAAUGCUAAAAGCGGCGUAGCAAAAAAGAAACUGACCGAUGUAUCCAGUGAUAGUGAACGUGAAGCUAAAAGUGGAUUGACAAAAAAACCCUCCAACGAUUUAACUACUAUCAUGGAGAAAUUUUGUAAAAGUGAUGAUUCUACAGUAAAAGGUACCAGGUCAAAAGCUAUCAAAGUUGCUAAACCCCCGACCUCGCCAGUAAAGACUAGAACUUCUUUGGUCAGACCUCUACCUUCAAAGAAACCACCAACUGUGUGA